CUGUAAUUCUCCUUGGAGAUGGCGGCGCUAUCGGUGAGCAGAGUUACCAGAUGUCUCACGUGCACCUUCUUAAGGGCUCCGCGCAGAGAAAUUUGGUCUCGAUUCAGAAAAGAGGAAAAGCCAGUGGUGACAGAGGUAGUAGAAGAGGUGAAGAAGGAACCUAGCCUGGUAUCUCCACCCUUACGAAGUCGAACAUACAUCCCACCCGAAGAUCUUCAGAGUCGUUUGGAAUCUUAUGUCAAGGAAAUUUUUGGUUCAUCUGUUCCUGGCACUUGGCAGGAUGUCUCUCUGGAAGAUGGUCACCUGAAGUUCACUUUCUUGGCACGUUUAGCUAAUGACUUGGGCCACGCAGUGCCUAACUCCAGGCUUCACCAGAUGUGCAGGGUCAGCGAUGUUCUUGAUUUCUAUAGUGUGCCUGUUCAGGAUAGAUCUAAGUUUGAUGAACUUGUUUCCACUAAUCUGCCUCCCAAUUUAAAAAUCACCUGGGGUUAUUGAAUAGUUCAGAAAAGCUUAUUAAAGUCAUGCUGGGCAAAGGGACUGCUUCUCAGACUUUUUGAUGCUUAGCCUUGUGAUAUAUUAUCAGAACUUCUUUAUAAAAUGGCUUUUUCUGUGAAGAAUAUAUUGCCUUUCCCCUCUCAUAUCAUGAAUUAAUAACAAGACUUUCUUUUUCAUAUUUGCUGAAACUUGCUUUUUUAAUGGAAUCAGGUCAUUAGUAAUUUAUGAAUUUUUUUCUCAGAGGAGACUGUGAUUAAGGCCAUUACAAGCCUUAAGUGUGGUCUUUACUCUUCAGAAGUAGAAAAUAAUAGUUUCAAGGAAGUCUGGAUUCUAUUAACUCCUAAGCUAAGGGGAUAUUAUUAAAUAAUAAUAUACAUAUAUGUACAUAUGCAAAUAAACAUUUAUAAACAUGUAAGUCAGAAUACUUUAGAUGUUUCACUUUCUACACGAGAAAUAGAAAAUUAUAGUAUUCAUUCUGGGUUCAUCUCUUUUGG